AUGGGUUGGAAUAUUUAUAAAUUGUUGUGUUGCUGUGGCAGUUCUAAUGAAUCAACUAGAGUCGAUUUGGCAAUUGUCCGAGAACAACAAGCUGCAGCUGCUGAAAAACGUUUAAGAGAACAAGAAAGCCGAGGUAUUAAGAAUCCAGAUCGUGUCAAACGCAUGCAACGAGAACAACAAAAACGUGAUGAAGAAGCUAAUAGAACUGCCAAUAUGGGGACUGGUACUGGAUUAAAGUGGCAAGUCAGUUAA